AUGUCCGCGAAGGCUGUAAGCGAGCUUUCGGGUAAAGAAUUGCUUUAUCGAUACCUCGAGUCCAGUGGUCUGAUCGAUGCUCCAUCGGCUGUUCGCGUAUCUACUGGCGACGAUUUCGACUCGGUGGUGAAAGGAGUGACCUGGUUGAGUGGUGGUCAGAAAGCGGUCAUAAAACCCGAUCAGCUAAUAAAGCGACGUGGAAAGCAUGGACUUGUAAAAUGCGGACCAGUGAAAGAAAUCAAGGAAUGGUACCAAGAAAGGGCAGGAACAAACGUGAAGAAAAGAUACGAAAAGGAGCUUUAUGGAUGA